AUUUAUAAUUUAUUUAAUUCUAAUAAAAUAUUUUUUCUAUUUAUUUUGUUUUUUAGAACUUUAAUUUCCAUUUCAUCUAAUUCUUGAUUUGGAUGUUGAAUUGGAUUAGAAAUUAAUCUUUUAAGUUUUAUCCCCCUAAUUUCUAACUCUAAUAAUUUAUUUUCAACAGAAGCUUCAUUAAAAUAUUUCCUCACACAAUCAAUUGCAUCAUUAAAUUUUCUUUUUUCAAUUUUAAUUAAAUUAUCAUUAAUAAAAAAUUUUGAAAUAAAUAAUUUUCUAGCUAUUAUAAUAAAUUCUUCAAUAUUAAUAAAAAUAGGAAGAGUUCCAUUCCAUUUCUGAUUCCCCAAUAUUAUUGAAGGAUUAUCUUGAUUAAAUAGUUUUAUUUUAAUAACAUGACAAAAAAUCACACCCCUAAUUUUAAUAUCAUAUUAUAUAAAUAAUUAUUUUAUUAAUAUUAUUAUUAUCUUUAAUAUUAUUAUUGGAGCUAUUGGAGGUUUAAAUCAAACAUCAUUACGAAAAUUAAUGGCAUUUUCUUCUAUUAAUAAUUUAGGUUGAAUAAUUAUAUCAAUUUCAAUUAGAGAAACUUUAUGAAUUUUUUAUUUUAUAAUAUAUUCAUUUAUAAUUAGUAUUAUAUGUUUUUUUUUUUAUAUUUUAAAUAUAUAUUUCAUUAAUCAAUUAUUUAUUAACAAUAUAAAUUUUUUAAUUAAAAUCAAUAUCUUAAUUAAUUUUCUUUCUUUAGGAGGGUUACCCCCAUUUAUUGGAUUUUUCCCUAAAUGAAUUAUUAUUAAUUUUUUAAUUAAUAAUAAUAUAUAUCUAAUAACUUUUAUUUUUGUAAUAAUAAGAUUAAUUAUAUUAUUUUUUUAUAUUCGUAUUAGAUAUUCAGCAAUUAUAUUUAAUUAUAUAAAAAAUAAAUGAUUUAAAAUUUAUAUUAAAAAUAAAUAUUUUUUAAUUAUUAAUUUUUUUUCAUUUUUUUCUAUUAUAGGAAUAAUUUUAAGAACAUUAUUUUUUUAUU